AUGGACAACACUCCCACCGAUGCUGCCGAUCGCGAACUUGAACAUGCCUUCUAUAACGCCUUGACUAGACGUAUGCAUGAAGAUCCUAUAACCUUCAGCAGUGGUCUACUUUUUCAUCAUGCGGCGAGCGGAGACGCGACCGUACUCGACUCGGGCGUGGAGUUGAUGAGGUCUGCAUACAUGUCGCAACCUCAGAACAUUAGCUUCAUCUUACAUCUCUGCGUAUGGCUACGGACGCGUCACGAGUGUUCAAGCGCUGCGGCGGAUAACCACGAGAUGAUAUUUCUUCUCCGACGUGCAUUGAAUGUGGUGCCUGGCUUGGAGGACCAUCCAUUUUUGCUGGAGAGUCUGGGUAUCGCUCUCCAAUGGCGCUUCCAGCGUACUGGAAAGUUUGAAGACCUCGAGGCUGCAAUAUCAACGAUCCGCCACAUCUUGGAGCUCACGCCCGAGGGGGACCCCGACAAAGCGAACUGGUUGGACAAUCUCGGUUCCGCUCUACAGCAUCGCUUUAAAGCGGUUGGUGAGCUUGAAGAUCUCGAGACUGCGAUAUCGACGAGCCGUCACGCCGUAGAAAUCACGCCCGAGGGGCACGCCGACAAACCUACCUUACUAAAUAACCUCGGUGUCGCCCUGCAGCGUCGCUUUGAGCAUGUCGGCGAACUAGAGGAUCUUGAAGCUACGAUAUCAACAAAGCGCCGAGCAGUGGAGUUCACGCCCGAUGGACACCCCGAUAAACCGACUUGGUUGAGCAACCUCGGAACCGCCCUACAGUAUCGCUUUGAGCGCGUCCACGAGCUCCCCGAUCUCGAGGCUGUGAUAUCAGCGGGGCGUCAUGCAGUGGAGCUCACGCCCGAGGGGGACCCAAACAAACCGGGGAGGUUGAGCAACCUCGGUUGUGCGCUACAGUCUCGCUUCGAGCACGUCGGCGAACUCGAGGAUCUCGAGGCUGCGAUAUCCGCAAACCGCCGCGCGGUGGAACUCGCGCCCGACGGGCAUUCCGAUAAACCAACUUGGUUGAGCAACCUCGGUACCGCCUUAGAGCGUCGCUUCGAGCGCGUCGGCGAGCUCCAAGAUCUCAUUGCAGCAAUAUCAACGAAGCGCUACGCCGUGGAGCUCACGCCCGAGAGCCAUGCUGACAAACCGGGGAUGUUGAGCAACCUCGGUACCGCUCUACAGUGUUUCUUCAAGCAUCUCGGCACGCUUGACGUUCUCGAGGCUGCGAUAUCAGCGAACUACCGAGCAGUGGAGCUCACUCUCGAGGGAGACUCCGAAAUGUCGGGAAGGUUGAGCAAUCUCGGUGCUGCCCUACUGCGUCGCUUUGAGCGUACCGACAAGCUCGAGGAUCUCGAGGCUGCCGUAUCAACGAGCCGCCGAGCAGUGGAGCUCAUGCCCGAUGGACACCCGGACAAAUUGAGUCGGUUGGACAACCUCGGUUCCGCCCUACUGACUCGCUUCGAGCGCGUCAACAAACUCGAGGAUUUGGAGGCUGCGAUAUCAACGUGUCGUCGAGCAGUGGAGCUCACGCCCAUUAGACACCCCGUUAAACCCUCUCGGUUGUACAGCCUCGGGAUCGCUCUGCAGUCUCGCUUCGAACAAUAUCCCACAAGCUUGUCCUUCGCCGAAGCGAGCGCCUGCUUUCUAGAGGGGGCCACCUGCUCAUCUGGGUCUCCCUUCGACCGCUUUCAACCCGCUCUGGGAUACGUCAAAAUAUUGGUUCACAAUCCACAAUUCACGACGGCGCCUUCAAUCUUAGACGCUUACUCGCACAUCGUAUGCAUUAUUUUGGAGCUCGUUUGGCUUGGCCACAAUCUCGAUCGCCGUUACGAAGAAUCCUCUCGAUAUGCUCCAAUCAUAUCCAACGCAGUAUCUGCUGCUAUUCAAUCCGGCGCGCUGUCGCGUGCGGUCGAGUGGCUCGAAACGGGCAGAUCUAUCGUCUGGUCUCAACUCUUGGCCUUGCGCACCCCGCUUGACGAACUCGAGGUUCAUCAUCGUGAUCUCUCAAUAGAGCUACGUGAUGUCCAACGACAACUACGGCAUACCGCUCACAUCCUUCGGUCAGACCAGCCCCGCAGCGUCGUGGUCGGUCAACUCUCUCCAGAUGCUCAGGUUAUCUUGGAUCAUCAUCGUAGACUCAGCAUCAAACGCGAUGGCCUACUGAAAAAAAUACGCGAGUGCGAUGGCUUUGAAAACUUCUUGCUUCCCCAACUAUUUCCAGCUUUACUCCAAUCUCGCGAGCUUUGUCACGGACACUUCGUGUACAUCAAGGUACAUCGGUCCCACUGCCACGCUCUAGUAGUUCUGUCCCGCGAUGAGCCCAAGCUAGUUGACCUCCCCGGCCUUUCUUUCGAUCGGGCAGAACAACUGCAGUCGCUCUGGAUUGAACAACUUCGCCAGCUAGGGAGGCAUGCACGUAGUUCACAUCCGAAGACAGCACACGUUCCACGUACACAACCAUCUUCGCCUGCGGGCGCGCAGAGUCUUCGUCGAUCAGCUUUUGUGCAGGAUGACGAUCUUACUUCUGAUCGCCUUCUGGAGCGCCUUUGGGACUGGGUCGUAGGCCCUAUACUGGAGGCUCUCGGCCUAUUAGUGCAAGACGAAAUGCCACCCCACAUCACUUGGUGUCCGACUGGGCCUCUGACGCGUUUACCCCUCCACGCUGCAGGCCGCUACAGUGAACCCGACGGGCCACGUGCAUUCCACUAUGUCGCAUCGUCGUAUUCGCCCUCCUUGUCAGCGCUCACUCGUGCGGCUGAAGGUCUCGCGAAGAAACCGUCCUCUUCGAGCGUACUCGUCGUGACACAGCAUGCAACGCCGGGACAGUCUCCUCUUCGAGGAACUCUGCAGGAAAGUCAUCAGCUGUGCCAGCUCCUUCACAAGUCACGCAUGCAACACGACGUGCUCAAUCAUAAGCAGGCCACCCGAGACUCUGUGCUUUCGGUCAUGAAUCGGCAUUCUUGGGUGCAUUUCGCUUGUCACGGCUCUCAGCGCAAAUAUGAUCCCACCAAGAGCGCAUUCUACCUAUACGAAAGCGCCCUGUCGCUCGCGGAUCUGAUGCAGACUGUUUCAGAUGACGCUGAGCUCGCCUUUCUCUCCGCUUGCCAGACGGCGACCGGAGAUGCGGUGAACCCAGAGGAAGCCGUGCACCUCGCCGCGGGCAUGCUCGCUGUCGGUUACAAAGGCGUGAUUGCGACGAUGUGGUCCAUUGGAGAUGCAGAUGCGCCCAUAGUAGUCGAAGCGUACUACAAGAGGUUGCUGGAGUCGCGUAACACGGGUGCGGUUGGGCCAGGAGAGACCGGCGCAGCGUAUGCGUUGCAUGAGGCAGUGAAGGUUCUGAGGGAUCGUGUUGGGGAGAAGAACUUCGUCAGUUGGGCUCCGUUCGUGCAUUUCGGUGUUUAG